UUUCUCCUCAGGGCCCAAAUAUAAUUAUCCGUUUCCUCUGUUCUCCUACAAAACCCCUUUUGCACGAAUGUCUUCUCCGCCGUUUGGUUCCGUCCGACCUCAACGGCCCCGUCUCUUCAUGUUUCACCGCCUCCAUCACCAUCGUUUCGUUUUCUACCGAAACUGCCUAAUCAGCCCUUCAAUGCUUUCUCUUUCAAUAGUACUCCCACUACUUUCCAUUCAAUCUCUGUCACUUCAAUGGUUUUCAUUCAGCGACGCUUCUAUGCCAUAUCAACAAGGGUUUCUUGAUUUAUUCCGUAUCUCUGCGGAAUCACAAAAAGGUCGAGAAUAAAAUCUCUCUUCAUAAUUUAAUAUCAUGUAACAAAAUAACAAAUUGGGGGAGGAUUCGGUGGGUCAAAAGAAAAAAUGGAGGGGGAGAACUAAUCCGACUUAUUCACCUAAAGGUUUCCAAAGAUCGUCGGAAAAAAACCACUGUGGUUUUCAAUCACCGUCGCCUCAAUGCAAUAUCAAAAAGGUUUCCAAGAUUUAUUCCGGAUCUAUGCCGAAACACAGAAGGUUUCGAUCUUCUUCUUUGUUGAAUCUAUUGCAAAAAAACGAUUCAGAUGGAAGCUAAACGAUUCAUAUGUGCCCUACCAGAAGAGAACAUAGAACAGAAAUCCAGAUAUCAAGGUAAGCAAGAACAAAAAAAGGGAUCUAUCAAUUGAGUCGCAUCAGUCUCAUUGUCCUUUUCAUUACUUUAGGCCAUAUUCUUUUGCUAUCUAUGACAGGUUAUAAUUUCAAUCAAUUGUUAACUUAUUUAUUAAGUAAUUCAAAUGUUUAGUUUAAAUUGUUUGUAUUUUUUUAUAACCGAAAAGUACUAUAUUUAAAAUAAAAAAUUGUAUAUUAAUUAUGGACAUGUUUAUACAUAUACAUAAUAUAAAUACUUUUGGAAAAUAAAUCAUUUUUAAAUAGGAACCAAUGCAUGCAAGUCUCCAAGCCCAAUAAAAAACAUUUGACACACUUCCAAAGAAAAAGAUUUGAUUCUCUUUAUUUUUAAGAUUUCAAUAAAUAUUAGUCAGACCUUUUACAUACCACUACCAUCCAACAUUUACUACUCUGUAUUUUUAAACGCUUUUCGGCUUUGAUUCAAAAACGGAUACUUCAUCUUUCAUCUUACUUCUCAUCUUCCAUCUUCCUUUACACUUAUCUUUCAUCAUCCUUACCACUCACCUUUCAUUUUCCUUCUUCUAUUCAAGUCAUAAAACAAAUAAUCUAAAAUUAUGGUUGCAUACAUAGAAGAAUUGAAUCCUUCAAAGACGAGAAUGAGUAUUGCUGUGAAAGUACUCCGGCUGUGGACACCACAUAUAAUAUUGGGAGGACCCAACUAUAAAUGUUUGAUUUUGGUGGAUGAAAAGGGUAAAAGAAUAGAUGCUCAAAUCAGAGCUAGAGAUUACUUCGAUCUAUUUGUCCACAUAUUGGAGCAGGGAAAGUGGUUCCUUAUUUAUAAGUUCAUAGUGAGAGAAACCCAGCAAGAGUCAAAGAACUCAAACAAUCAAUUCAAAAUAUUGAUUACAUGCGAAACAAAGGUCACCUCAAUACCUCCCAGGUCUUCAAACAAUUUUUUCCUUCUAACAGAUGGAACAAAGUUUGAAAAUGCCACACCAGAUGAGAGAAACUGUUGUGUUGAUUUUUGUGGAAAAAUCUUGACAGUCGGAGAACGAACUUAUAUGACUUUCCUUGAUUACAAAGGUGGAUACAAUGGUGAGAAGAAUGUAGUUCCUUUUACGGUUCUAGACAUCGAUGAGAAGGUGAUUAAUUGUAUGGCAGUAGGAGAAACCUGUUUGGAAUUUAUCUAUAAAAUGGAUAGGAUAGUUGCAAACCCUACGUAUCAAGGUGAACAAAUAAUGUGUAUGCUAAUGUUUUGGAGAACAUCUACGUUUGGAGGUGUUCAUUAUCUAAUGUCUCAAAUGAGAUGUUCAUAUGUUUUCCCUGGUGACGAAGUGCAAGAAUUUACAAGAGAUCCCUCCCUAGCUUAUUAUUACGAGUCAUCAGAUGAUGAGGAUUAUGAGGGAACAGAAGAAGAAGAGAUUGAUUCUUCUUAGUAGUUGAAGUGGCCAAAUCUUCGUAUCAAAUUUAGUGGCUAAGAAAAGAACAAGGAGAGAGCAAAUAUGAAGAUGGGGCAAAACAUGGUGGGACAGUGAAAACGGCGAGAACUUUUUAAUAGUAUGUUGAAUAUGUAGGGUUAAUUCUUUACCUUUAAUUGCAGAGAAUAAUAAACUCUAUCAUCCCUACUAUUAUUGUUGGAUUCUAAAAUUAUGGGUAAUUGACUUACAGUUUGAUGAAAGUUUUA